AUGUCUUUGCAAGACGACAUCGACGGCUUCUGGUUGCGAGUCAGAAGGGCGAGGGAAGCUGUAGGCAGAGCAGAGAAUGAAUUGCUCUUCUUGAAGGAACCUUCUUUGGGCGACCGAUUUAGAAGAUUGAUAGAUGAACUAAAGCGUUUAUUAUUCGAAGAGGCGUACACCGAGGAAAGCAGGACACAAGCGACGUUGGCAGUCGAGGCAGCGCUCAGCGCGGCGGCUGAUCAUAAGGCAACCAGUGGAGAGGUGCCUGACAACCCUGGCAAUAGGUACCUAGAAUCCCAGAAUGAGCCGGCAGUGGAAAGGACGAAUGAAUUUCGAAUGUCAGAGAAACUUAGCACGUGA